AUGUUCGGAGAAGAAGGUUCUAUUGCAACUGAGACUACGGCUGCACCUCUGGGUGAAACCAUAGAUAUCAUGACUACUUUGCAGCUUGUAUUGAGGAAGUCACUUGCUCAUAGUGGGCUUGCAAGAGGACUCCACGAAGGUGCCAAGGUGAUUGAAAAGCAUACUACACAGCUCUGUGUGUUAGCUGAGGAUUGUGAUCAACCAGAUUACUUUAAACUAGUGAAGGCACUUGGUGCUGAUCACAAGGUCAAACUAAUGAUAGUACCUAGUGCUAAAACUCUCGGCAAGUGGGCCGGUCUGUGUAAAAUUGACUCUGAAGGAAAAGCAAGAAAGGUGGUUGGUUGCUCCUGCAUCGUAAUGAAGGAUUUUGGAGAGCAGACAUAGGGUUACAAUGUUAUUUAGGAAUAUGUGAAGUC